GAGUCCAACAGAUACUCGGUACAAGAGCUCUCGCACUCAUCCACUAUGGCUCUUCUUUUGUCGGUAUUUCUGGCGUGUGCCGGAGUAGCUUUGGGUCACCAUCCUCCAGCCUAUGGGCAUCACCGUCCAUCCUAUGGCCACCAGCCAGCCUACAAACAUUCCUACUGCGAUCCUACUGCCACUCCUACUUGCGCAGCCAACUCCACCCUCACCUACUGCCUGGAGGACCCCGAAUACCCCGAGUACGAAAUCAAGGGCGCCAUCAGCGGUGACCACCUCUUCGCCAAGAAAUACGCUGAUAUAGCUGACCAGUCAGCUGACGACCUCGUAGACAUGGUCACUAAGGCCCAAGAGGAAGCUUUCGAUUACUCUUACUACACUGGGGCCUCUACUGGGGCCUCCCCAUACGACGCUACCCACUGGGCAGGUCCUGAAGGCUACAUCUGCCCCUCAGACGUCGCCUAUGCCAGACCAAGACGUGCCCAGAACGUGAAGGGCAAGUGGCGUGUGAUCGUCAACGACGUCCACUACUAUACCCAGACUGCCCGUCUGGAGACCUGCCUGUUCCCAGAGGCCGCCUGCCGUGCCCUGGCUCCCUGCUACAAGAGCCACUGCACCCAGAAGUACGUCUACCACCGCCUCCUCUCCUUCGACCCCUGCGAUGCUUACAAGGGCCUCUUCAUCGACAUCUACAAGCUGCCCUCAGCCUGCUCCUGCCACGUUCCAGCAUAAGUCGUUUCCCUCCGGAAGGGGAAACUCAGGGUCACUCCCUGAGACUUCGUGCCCACGACAGACCUACCGACGACCUCUUUACGACCUCAUGAUCUAUCUCCGAAGCGUAGACGGAGGAGAAGCCCCGAGAUGACUUGAGAACUGCUUUCUUCACGUACCACCAACUAGUCAUGCCAGGGACUCCCGGGACGCUCCCCCCACCCGCUGCUCCUCUCUUUUCUUUUUCCUCUUUCCUUCUUCCUAAUAUAUCUCCUUCCACCAAAACCAUGUGAGUGUAAGAUGCGAGAAGUUAUUGUACUAUUUAUUUUUUUUUUCACUAAAUAAAAACAUAAUUAAAAUAAA